GCGAAUGGAGAAGACGAGGCUCAAAGGUAUGGAAUUGUCGUGGACGAAGGAGGGGUUAGCAACGAAGGUCCAGGCACAGUACAUUACUGUACAGUAGAUCAACCCCACGCUGGGCUGGACAGGAAUAAGGUUGAGGAGGUCCGUGCGAGCCUUGCUCCUCUGGUUUGCCGCUACUGCACGGUCUUCUCAGAACUUCGCCUGGCUCUGCUUGGAACAUUGAUGACCGAGUCAAUGUCAUGUUUUGAUAAUAAAGCAGCUUCAAGCUUUUCACAGCAUUUCAAUGUUCGAAGACAGGAACAACACGCCAAUAUCUCCUUGACUAUUAGCGCGUUGGAAGAGGCCAGGAAUCAAGCUUCGGAUAGGACGAAAACAGCAUAGGGUAAAUACAACCCAGGGAAAUAUCAGUCUCUAAUUCGAGAAGCUGUAGGCUUGGAUUCUUUUCCACAUUUCGACGGAUGGCCAACAAGCAAAUAUGACUUGGUUUUCGGCACUUAGUGCCGUAUUCUAUUACUGCUCUCUACCGAUCACCACAAUUCUUAGUUGGCUACUUGUACCACUAGCACCCUUCCUCUAUCUUGGACAGUACAUAAUCGCAGGCUGUCUAUUGCCCCUCACGUUGUUGAGUAAGCUCGAAACUGUUUACAUCUAUCUUGGGGUUGCAGCCGUGAUUGGUCUUUUUACAGGCACCGUUCUCUACCUAUCAUCUAGCAUGCUGGAGUCGCUCUUCAACUUAACUCCUAGUCCAGAUGACAAUGGCCGCACUGCUGCUUCCGUUCGAGCUACACGGGAGAAAGAAAAGCUGGAGCAAGUAUGGCAAAGCUCCAUAAUCAAGGAAGAGGAUGGCAUCUCGAUGGAAAAGUAUGCCGAGUGGGUGGAGAGGAACACGACCCAGAGAAGCGACGAUCAUGGACUUUUGAGUCAGACCAUUCUCGAAGAAGACGAUGAUUCCGAAGAUGGCUUCUGAUCUGAUGACUGCAACAGAGUCUCGGUACCAAACAUUGGGUUCGAGGCAUUUCUCGUUGUUGCAGUAAAGCUCUGAAAUGUCUAAUGCUCCUCUGCCGCACCUUCGACACUUCAAUCCCUCCAGUUGACAAAGACCUCGUCAGUUCUAAACCUCUGCGUGCAAGUGCUUUCUUCCAAUGGUGUUCUGAAGCCGGUCUUAUACGCCACUAAACCUGCAUGUGCAAUCAUAAUACCAUUGUCAAUACAGAAACGUUCGUCUGUGGCAAAGACACUGCCACCUCGAUCUCGAGCCAUUAAUCCCAUCAUUUGCU